AUGGGGCAAACCUCAGCAGAAGGUAACCUCGAUGAGCCAACGUUAGCCCUCCUCAUCGAGAUGAUUGACGAGAACAAUUGUCUAGCAAAGAUCUUUCGUCGUGCACGAGACCACUACGAAAGCGUCGGGUCAGAGUUUACUAUUAGGUUAGUCCAAGAUAAAGGGAAGGGGAAAGAAUAUGAUCUCCCAACUACAAGCGAGGUGGCAGUGGUUCAGUUUCAAUCUGACACUUUGCAGCAGAUACGUGACGAUCACCCUCUAUAUAUGAGCCUCCAAUACCCUCUUUUGUUUCCAUAUGGUGAAUACGGGUUUCACCCAGAAAUUCCCCUGCAUCUUGAGACAGGCACUUCAAGAACAAGGCAAUUCGUGACCAUCCGUCAAUACUACGCUUCUCUAAUCCAAACACGUCCUAACCAAGGAAUGACGUUGAUUAAAGGCGGUCGUCUCCUCCAUCAGUUUAUUGUGGACGUUUAUACAGCAAUUGAGGAAGACCGACUGAGGUGGGCGAGAAAUAACCAAGAAAUCUUGCGGGCUGAGCUAUACAGCAAUGUUCUUGAUGCUGUAAGUAAAGGUGACACUGACGCUAAAAUUAUUGGCCAGAGAUUUAUACUGCCGCCAAGUUUCACCGGAGGCCCCCGGUACUUAGUUGAGAAAUACCACGAUGCUAUGGCUAUUUGCAGAGAAUUCGGCAAUCCAGAUUUGUUUAUCACGAUGACGGCCAAUCCAAACUGGAGCGAGAUUAAAGAACAUCUUCAGAAAUGCGGUGGAGAUUCUCCUAAUGAUAGACCGGACAUUGAAUGUCGGGUUUUUAAGAUGAAGCUAGAUCAACUGCUCAAGGAUUUCAAAGCAGGAACUUUUUUCAAGCCAUAUAAGGCAGCUCUCCACCGAAUAGAGUUUCAAAAAAGAGGUCUCCCUCAUGCACAUAUAUUAUUGUGGUUAGGAAAUUCUACCAGAACACCGAGUGCAGAAGAAGUGGAUGAAAUAAUUUCGGCCGAGCUCCCCAACAAAGAGGAAGACCCAGCUGCUUACGACUUAGUCACGAAACACAUGAUCCACGGUCCAUGUGGACACUUCAAUCCGAAGUCACCAUGUAUGGAAAACAAUGUGUGCACGAAAAAGUAUCCUCGGCCGAAUAACGACAACACUUCGAUUGACAAAUCCGGGUAUGUGUUAUAUCGUCGACGCCGAAACAAAGAUACGUGUACAGUAAAGGCUGGAGCUGUACUAGACAACACUUUCGUCGUACCUCAUAACAUUAAGCUUCUGAAGAAGUACGAAGCUCAUAUUAUUGUUGAAUGGUGUAAUCGGACAAGCGCGGUGAAAUACUUAUUCAAGUACAUAACCAAGGGCGUUGACCGAGCAACCGCUGUAAUUGAGAAAGGAAAUACAGCAACUACAUCCGACGCGACAGGAUCCGGAGGAUCAAAGGAGAAAGUCCUAAUGCAACGCAAUGAGAUCCAAGACUACAUCGAAGCCCGAUAUUUAUCAGCUUGUGAGUCCAUGUGGCGGACUUUCGCCUUCCACAUACACAAAAGAAAGCCAUCAGUUGAAAAGCUUAUCAUUCACUUGGAAGGCAAACAUAAUAUUACGGUUAAAUCAACAGACAACCUCGGUCGUGUAAUCCACAAACCGGGUAUCGAGAAGACGAUGUUCACAGAGUGGAUGGUUUUAUGCAGAAGGUCAGCGUUUGCCCGGACACUGACAUAUGUGCAGAUUCCUGAAUAUUUUGUCUGGAACAACAGUGCUAAAAUGUGGACUGAGCGUAAGAGAGGAAAAACCAUUGGCCGAGUCGUAGCUGUCCAUCCUUCAGCAGGCGAUCGAUACUACCUGAGGGUCCUCAUUAAUAAGAUUAAGGGUCCUAGAAGUUACGACGAGCUAAAAACAUACAACGGCGUGAAAUACCCGGACUUUAAAUCAGUUUGCCACGCACGAGGCCUUUUGGACAACGAUGUUGAAUGGCUCGAGAGUAUGUCGGAGGGUGCUCGAACGGCCAGCCCAUACCAGCUUCGUGAUUUGUUCGUCACAUUCCUAAACAACUGCUUCGUCGCAAGCCCUAAAGGACUAUGGGAACACUCAUGGAAAUCAAUGAGCGACGACAUACUUCACAAGAGGCAAAGGAUCUUAGGCCACGCGAAUCUGGAACUGGACGAUAAUACCCUCGAGCAAUACACAUUGAUAGAAGUUGAAAAGUUGAUGCGCAUGCAAGAUCGCUCCUUAAACGAUUUUAAGGAUAUGCCGAAGAUCAAUCCUGUUUUGCUCAAGGAAUUGGGGAACAUCUUACACUCGGUUGAUAAGAAAGAAGGAAAACUUUUCUUUGUAUAUGGCGCAGGGGGCACAGGAAAAACAUUCCUAUACCAGACUAUUAUAUCCAGACUUCGGUCAAGAAAACAAAUUGUUCUACCAGUUGCUUCUUCGGGAAUAGCCGCAUUGCUACUACCAAACGGGAGAACAGCUCACUCUCGCUUCAACAUUCCAUUGAAGCUCGAGGAAGAUAAGCUUUGCAACAUCAAACCAGGUACAAUGCUUGCUGAGUUAAUUGAGGAAACAGACCUCAUAAUAUGGGAUGAGGCACCGAUGACACACAAACAUGCUUUCGAAGCAUUAGACAAGUCGUUGAAGGAUAUUAUGUCUAUCAAAAAUCCACCCGCAAAGAAUCAGCCUUUUGGUGGCAAAACAGUUAUGUUAGGUGGUGAUUUCAGACAGAUCCUACCAGUCAUUCCGCAAGGUAGAAGAGCUGAUACUGUACUAGCUUCGAUAAGCCAUUCAUAUCUAUGGAAUAGCUGCCACAAGUUCUCUUUAAAAACAAAUAUGCGAGUCAAUCAGGAUGAGAAAGAGUUUUCUGAAUGGCUUCUCAGAGUCGGGGAAGGUCGUCUAGGAGAAGAACAAGAAUAUGAGGAGGAUGGGUACCAUGACCAACUCAUACAUAUCGAUGACUCAUUGAUUUGUCAGAGUUUUGUUGACCCAUUGAAAGAAGUUGUUGAUGCUGCAUAUGGACAAAUCAGCAGCCAUAUGAAUUCCAAGACUUCCUACACCGAUAAAGCUAUCCUCACACCCCGUAACGAAACCGUUGAUGAAAUCAAUGCUUAUACCAUCUCACGGACCUACGGGGUAUCAAGAGAUUACUACAGCUCAGACAGCUUUGAAUUAUCAGAUACUACAUCAGAUCUAAAUGAUACACUAUACUCCAUUGAGUAUCUUAACUCAUUGGAAUUCUCGGGUUUGCCUUCGCACAAACUUACUCUGAAAGUUGGUGCCCCAGUUAUGCUUCUCAGAAACAUAAAUCAGAAAAAAGGAUUAUGCAACGGUACUCGGAUGAUCCUAACCCACGUUGGUGAACGCGUUCUGAAGGCAGAGAUCAUCACUGGAUCCCACAUUGGAGAAGAGGUCUUGAUCCCAAGAAUUGUGCUUUUGUAUGAUGAAACGAAAUUACCGUUCACAUUACGUCGGCGGCAAUUUCCUAUCAGAUUGUGCUACGCAAUGACAAUCAACAAAAGCCAAGGCCAAAGUUUAAAAGAGGUCAUCUUAUACCUGCCUAAGCCAGUCUUUUCUCAUGGUCAACUUUACGUGGCCCUCUCCCGUGUCACAAGCAAAGCAGGAUUAACGAUCAUCAAAACUGAAGAUCCACACCAGCUGAAAGUGAAGAACAUAGUCUACAAAGAAAUAUUCAAAGGCCUUCAUCCCGAGACAGUACAAUGGUGGAAAGCCGAGAGGGGCUGGGGCUGUUGUUCCACAAAUCAUUCUGAUAGUGUUGAUGUUAGUGUACCUGUCAACAGCACUGGACUCGGUGCUGACAUUGAACCUCCUGUAACCAGUACCGGUCUCUCUGGUGUGGCCAUGGACGAAGGCAUCCGACUCAAACACAAUUGA